GGAGCUGGCACCCUGUGGCGCUGCUCUGCUUCAUCAUCAGCAGAACAAGUGAAGAAAAUCAUGAAUCAUCAGUGAGGCCUCAGCUCGAAGCUGUCAUUGUUUAAUACAGACGACAUUCCAGCCUGUGCUGCUUGAAAUCCUUCAUAUCCGAGUGGGGAUAUUACAUAUCAAGUGUGUUUUUAAUUGACGUUACCAGUCUGUUGGCCUGAUCGUGGGGCUCUGACAUUAGCUAGCUGAACCUCAGGCGCAGUGGAACUUGUAAACACUUUUGUGAAAGAUGGCUGACAACGGAGCGCACCCGGCUGCUGAGGAGGACCCGGCCGCGGCUUUCCUGGCCCAACAGGAGAGCGAGAUCGCGGGGAUAGAGAACGACGGAGACGGGUUCGGGGCUCUGGAAGGAGCCAACGGCCACCAGCAGCAGCAGCAGCCGGCGCAGCCCGAGCCCCAGCCGGCCAGCUAUGACGGUUUCGAUGACGAGUCUGCCACAGUGAAUGGAGACAUGUUUCAGGAGUCUAAUGGCCCGACAGACAGCUAUGCAGCCAUUGCCCAGGUGGACAUUCAGAGACAAGAGCCCGAGAGUUUACGCAAAUGGAGGGAGGAGCAGAAGACACGCCUUGAAGUGUUAGACUCCGCAUCCAAGGCAGCAGAGGCAGAGUGGAGAGAGAAAGCCAAAAAGGAGCUGGAGGACUGGCAUGUGCACCAGAACGAGCAGAUGGAGAAGAACAAGGCCAACAACAGAGCAUCGGAGGAGGCUUUCCUGGCCGAGACUGACGGCGACAGCCCCGGAUCGGAAUGGGAGAGAGUAGCCCGUCUCUGUGACUUCAACCCCAAAACCAACAAACAGGCGAAGGAUGUUUCUCGAAUGCGUUCGGUCCUCAUCUCUCUCAAACAGACGCCUCUAGUUCGCUAAAGAGGAGGUCGCAGGGAGAGUUGUCUUCUUCGAGAAACAUUGCCUUUUUCAGUUUUAACCUCACUCCACACCACAAAGAGUUUGUACGCCCUUUUCCAUAAGAUUACUGGUAUGUUUAUAACCUUCUAAAAAAAUUCUGCUUCUCUUGAUGCCUGUUACAUUGAAGUAAUAUACUCAGCCUCACUCUUCUGAGAGAAGACGGGCCGCUCCUUUAGCUGAUCAGUUCUUUCACUGCUACUACUUAAGAAAAUAUUGUUACUGUAAGUUAAACAUUUGACAUUUUCCUUCCCUUUUAACUUAUAAAUUAUUAGGUCAACUUUAUUGCAUGUCUCUGCCAAUAUUUUGGAUGCACAUGUUUUAGUAGUUUUUUAAAAUUUGCAUCACACUUAUUGAGCACUGUUACAGAUUAGAUUGUAACCACUUAUGCCUCUCAUCAAUGUAAAACCAUGACUAAUUCUUUGUUCACAUUUGUUGUUGUAACCUAAAUGAAGGUAGAUUGCAUAUUUUUCUCUUUCACAUACAUGAGCUUGUGGCCUUUUUGAUAUUGCUCUUACUGCAGUUUGAGUUUUCAGCCAGAGGGACUUUCUCUUCAAUUAGGCAACAAAACAAAAAAAUCAUUCACAACCAAAGAUCUCUUCUAAUAUCUAAAUUAUCCAGAAUUCACGUGAGUAAACAUUGCUUGCUAGUUCUCAUCUCUCCGGUUUCUCUCAGCAGACGUUUUAUGCACCAUUUUGUGUCACACUUAAUGUUUUAUAUUUUUUAAAACAGCAAUCAAUGAGGUGUGAGUUUCAACAGUGAUGUCUGCACAUUGUUUCACAUGCUGCCUAUUUGGAUUUAACGAAUACUGGAAAAGUGAAUGUUAAAAGGGAACUGGAAAAUAAAACAGUGGUGUAGGAUCACCCUAAAUUUAUUUGUACUUCAAUAUUUACCGGCUAAUGACUGUUGCCAAACAAAACACCCUGGAGGUCAUCACUUGAAUCAGUUUGUUCCGCUGAGAGGAGCUAAAAUUACAUUUGGCCCAAUGCCAACAUCUAUCUGAACGUUAUGUCACUUCUGGACUGUGCUGCUGUGAAACUAAACAUGUUUGAUUCAAUUUAAACACUUGCAUUAUGUUUUAAAAAAACACAAUCAUUGGACCAAAAGUGCAAAUUUGCAAGUGCACAGGAGCAAGGCGUGUCUAGUUCUUAUUCUUUGAAGGCAAGAUGCAUUUGUUUUAUUUGCAUGAGUCACACUUAGCUAGCCACCACAAUGCCUCUGCAUAGAUAAGGUAACUCCACAAAGUGCUGUGUCAUUCCUUAUACUUUUUUUGGAGCCCUCCCUUCCCUAUGACUUGAAUGUGACAUUAAAAGUCCAAGAGUCUACAGUGGACAUUUAGACUGGGUCAGUCUUUGUCUAGAGUCCUAAUGUUUUAAUCAGCCAAUCAAAUAAAAACUUCACAUUAAAUCUC